CAGAACAUCGCCAGUUUGGGAGGUGGUUGGAGGACUCCAGGGAUCCGUCACCUGGAAACUCCGCCUCCCUAUUUCUCCCAGGCUGCCAGCGACUGAACUGAGCUGAGCGUUUGCGGGCUGCGGGGCCGGCGGUUGCGCUCAGAUUCCAAAUGAAAAUGUUUGAGAACGUUGACUCUACAACUACAAGACCUGGCCCGGAUCUUUGGGCUGAAAUCUGUUCCUGUCUGCCACAUCCUGACCAAGAGGAUAGUACCAGCAAUGCUUUCUCAGACUCCUUUAUGGAUUCUUACCCUGCAGGCACAGGCCAGAGGGAGGCCCCAGACUUUGCUGUGCAGCCAACUGUAAAGCCUUGGGCUCCCCUGCAGGAUUCAGAAGUGUAUUUAGCAUCUCUAGAGAAGAAACUGAGAAGAAUCAAAGGUUUACAUCAGGAAGUGACUUCCAAGGACAUGCUUCGUACCCUGGCCCAAGCAAAGAAGGAAUGCUGGGAUCGGUUCCUCCAGGAGAAGUUAGCAUCAGAAUUCUUUGUGGAUGGACUUGAUUCUGAUGAGAGCACCUUGGAACAUUUCAAGAGGUGGCUCCAGCCAGAUAAAGUAGCCAUCAGUACGGAGGAGGUCCAGUAUCUGAUUCCUCCAGAGUCGCAGGUUGAGAAGCCAGCGCCCGGGGACGAGCCAGCAGCAGUGGAACAAUAAAUUACACACACACA